AUGUCCACACACAGAGAGAGAGAGAGAGAGAGAGAUGAAAUGUAUUUCGAUGAUCAUGUGAUUCAACUUAUCUCGUUGCUGAUAAAGCAAAUUAAGUUGCUAUGUGUUUUUUGUUAGAAAAUGGCAUUGUUGGCUUGGCCUGGUGUCCCUUCGAGGAGUUUCUCGCAUCAUUCCAUCCUCCCUAGAAACACCAAGCUGCAUAAUCCAAAUCUCUGCAUAUGGCAUCACUCUUUUGCCUUUAGAAAUGCUUCAAAUCAUAGGAGGAAAAUCCAUGAAAGAGAAAAAGGUCUUGAUGGCUACCAACCUUUAUUACGUGCAAGUAUGGGUGAUUCUAAAGAUAUUUUAACGGAUACUGUCUUCGAAGGAGAUGGUGUUUCAUCAGGCUCUGGUAAUGGUGAAGUUUUGCAAAUCACUCGUGAGGAGUUUAUUGCAACCAAUGAUGCACUGGAAGAGGCUAGACUGAGGCAAGAAGCUGCUGAGAAAGAAAGAGACCGCUUGACCCAAGAUUUGGCACUUUCAGAAGCUAAGUUACAAGAAUAUGCUGCUACCAUAGAUGGCAACAGAGAAUUGGCAGUGGCUGAGCUUGAAGCCGCGAAAUCCCUGUUCCAUGACAAGCUUCAGGAUUCGCUUAAUGAGAAAUUUGCAUUGGAAACCAGGUUGGUUCUUGCAAAACAGGAUGCAGUUGAGCUAGCGGUGCAGGUUGAGAAGCUGGCUGAGAUAGCUUUCCAGCAAUCCACCUCUCACAUAUUAGAGGAUGCGCAAAUGAGGGUAUCAGCAGCUGGAACAUCAGCUGCAGAGGCAGCCUAUCACAUUGAAGAACAACUAAGAACAACUACUGAAAACACACUGUCAUCCAUUGUUGAACAAUCUAAUGAUACAUUGGGAAAGGUUUUGAUGGCAGCCCAACAAGCCAGCGACCAUGCAAAGAGAGCCAUGGAAUCCCUUACAGAUGGGUUGCAGGUGGUGGAUGAAAUGGUCUCUGUUCAUUCGAUGAAUGUAGGUCUACAAAGUGCAAUGAGUGAAUUGGAACGGCAGCUAACCUUUAAACAAAAUGAGGUUGAUAGAUUGAGCUCUGAAUUGGAGUUGGUUCAAGCUCGUGCUAAUUCAUUAGAGGCACGUGCCAACUCUUUGGAGAACACCCUAGCUGAAGUUCAGGAAUCCACCAAAAGGAAGCUUUUAGAGCAAGAAGAGGCAACAAAGUCAUUGUUGAAGAAGUUCAAGGAAGAAGCAGCAAAAAGUGAAGCCUCCGCUACCAUGGCCUUGAAGGUGGAGUUAGAGGGCAUAAGAUCCACAGUUGAUGCUGCCAAGAAAACCAUGGAACUAAAGGAUCGAGCUUAUAUGCAGAGAUGUUUGGCUCUAGAGCGAUCUCUAAAGGCUUCUGAAGCUGCUACCAAUGUGUGGAGGCAGAGGGCUGAAAUGGCUGAAUCUCUGUUACAGGAGGGAAGGUUGGUGGGAGAAGAGGAUCAAGAUGCUACCGUUGUGGUUAAUGGAGGAAGGUUAGAUAUUUUGACUGAAGAUGAUUCCCAGAGAUGGAGACUUUUGGCUGAUGGUCCCAGAAGAGAUAUUCCUGAAUGGAUGGCUCGUAGAAUUAGAUCCAUCUGUCCCAAGUUUCCACCUAGGAAAACCACAAUUCCUGAAGAAUUGACUGUGUCAUCCUCUUCUUUAACUUUGCCAAAACCUGAGGAAGUAUGGUCAAUUGCUCAAGAAAAGCCAAAGCAAGGGGACACAUUUAUCAAGCAAGUGAUUGAGAAAGAAGCGAUUGGAAAGCAGCGGAAAGCUUUGGAACGUGCUUUGCAGAGGAAAACUAUACAGCGACAAAGGAUUCCUGAACCCACAAAAUUGGAACCUGGCACUGGCACUGGGCAUGAGAUUGUGUUCCAAGGAUUCAAUUGGGAAAGCUCGAGGAGGAGAUGGUACCUGGAACUAGCUCCAAAAGCAGCUGAUUUGUCGCAUUGUGGGAUUACUGCUGUGUGGCUCCCACCUCCUACAGAAUCAGUUGCUCCACAAGGUUACAUGCCUUCUGAUCUGUACAAUUUGAACUCAGCUUAUGGGACGGUGGACGAGCUUAAGCAAUGUAUAGAGGAAUUUCAUAGUCAAGAUCUUUUGGCUUUGGGUGAUGUUGUGCUUAACCAUCGAUGUGCGCAAAAACAGAGUCCAAAUGGCGUGUGGAAUAUUUUUGGGGGGAAACUCGCAUGGGGGCCUGAAGCAAUUGUUUGUGAUGACCCAAACUUCCAGGGGCUUGGAAAUCCUUCAAGUGGUGAUAUUUUUCACGCAGCACCAAAUGUCGAUCAUUCCCAAGAGUUUGUACGGAGAGAUAUCAAGGAAUGGCUAAACUGGCUUCGAAGUGAAAUUGGUUUUGAUGGCUGGCGCCUUGAUUUUGUGAGAGGUUUCUCAGGAGGGUAUGUUAAGGAAUACAUUGAAGCCUCAAAUCCUGCCUUUGCCAUUGGAGAAUAUUGGGAUAGUUUGGCAUAUGAAGGUGGCAAUUUAUGUUAUAAUCAAGAUGCUCAUCGCCAACGCAUAGUUAAUUGGAUUAAUGCCACCAGUGGUACUUCAUCUGCGUUUGAUGUUACAUCUAAGGGCAUCCUCCAUUCUGCUUUGCACAACCAAUACUGGAGACUAAUCGACCCUCAAGGAAAACCAACUGGAGUGAUGGGUUGGUGGCCUUCACGUGCAGUGACCUUCUUAGAGAACCAUGAUACUGGGUCAACACAGGGGCACUGGCCAUUUCCACGCGAGAAGCUCACACAAGGAUAUGCUUAUAUUUUAACGCAUCCUGGGACGCCUGUCAUCUUCUAUGACCACUUCUAUGAUUUUGGCCUCCGAGAUGUCAUAACAGAGCUAAUCGAAGCCAGAUCAAGGGCUGGAAUUCAUUGUAGGAGUUCUGUGAAAAUCUACCAUGCAAACAAUGAAGGGUAUGUAGCCCAGAUUGGUGAUACCCUGUUAAUGAAGAUUGGCCACCUAGAUUGGAACCCUUCAAAAGAGAACCAGUUGGAAGGAAGCUGGCAGAAGUUUGUCGAUAAGGGUGGAGACUAUCAGCUGUGGUUAAGACCGUAGUUAAUCAGUUUACAGUUCCUCUCUCUCGCGCGCGCACGGGAUUGGAACCUGUAGAAAGACAACCAUUGAAAGAGAGCUGACGGAAAUUUGUCCACAAGGCUGUGGAUUACCAGCUCUGAUUGAGACCACAAUAACCUUGUGAUUUUGUUUCAAUCAUGGUUUGAAAUUAAUAGCUUGCACAGAGAAAUCAAGUGUAAAAUCCCUAUAAAUUCAUGGGGUUUGUAAUGAACUAUGUGCCAAUCAAAAAUAAAACAGCAACAAGCCAUCUUCACAGUUAUUUACCUCUGUAACUAAUAGAAGUAACAGCAUUGGGAUGAAAAUAGGAUUAUUUUGGGUAUGUAUUAUUAUCACAUACGUAUCAUAUAAUGAAGUGUGCUGGCGUCCUUUUUGCUGC